UCCAAUUCCAGAGCUUAAAUUAGGAAAUCCUCUUUCGCCUCCCCUACAAAUCUAGCUCGCUUUGGGUGCACAUUGACGUUAUCAGCAACCAUGUCGGAAUCAGUUGCCGUCCGUGAGCCACCGGAAUCCCUCGCCAGCGAGAGGUUUCGCAUAGGAUAUGCACUGGCGCCGAAGAAGGUUCAGAGCUUCAUCCAACCUUCACUCGUCGAUCAUGCUUUCCAAAGAGGAGUCGAUCUUGUCCAUGUCGAUCUCGACAAGCCGCUGGUCGAGCAAGGGCGCUUGGAUUGCGUCAUUCACAAGGUGUACAGUGAGGAUUGGAGGAAUCAGCUUGAUGAUUUCUCCCUCCAAAACCCUAGCGCCGUGAUAAUCGACCCUCUCGACGCCAUAUCGCGCCUCCACAAUCGGCGUUCCAUGCUUGAAGUCGUUAACGACUUGAAUGUCUCUAGCGAGAGUGAGAUUCUCGGAAUUCCGAAGCAGGUUUUCAUCGCCGAUGAUUCCGAGUCCUUGUCCGGCGCUCUGACUCGCGAGGGAUUGAGGUUUCCGGUGAUUGUCAAGCCGUUGAUUGCAAACGGGAGUGCCGGCUCUCACCAGAUGUUUCUGGUUUUCAACGAAGAGGGGUUGAAGGAUCUGAAACCCCCGAUUGUAUUGCAGGAAUUCGUCAACCAUGGCGGUGUCAUUUUCAAGGUAUACGUCGCCGGGAAGCACGUGCAAUGCGUGAAGCGACGAUCGUUGCCGGACAUAUCCGAGGCUAACUUCGGUACAUCCGCGAAUUUGUUACCCUUCUCUCAAAUAUCAAAUUUAACUGCUCAAGGUUCAAGUGAUGACAGCUUUGCCAAGUUGAUUGAGGGGGCGGAGAUGCCUCCAUUGAGUUUCGUAACUGAAGUAGCUAACGAGUUGAGGCGUGCUUUGAAAUUGAAUCUCUUUAAUUUUGAUAUGAUUAGGGACAGUCGAGCUGGAAAUCGGUAUCUUGUUAUUGAUAUCAAUUACUUCCCUGGUUAUGCUAAAAUGCCUUCCUAUGAGACCAUUUUGACUGAAUUUUUCCUUGACAUUGCACACCUGAAGAAAAACAGUCUGUACCCUUUUCACAGAUCUGAGAUUGGUUCAAAGGAUGACAAGCCAGCCUAGUUUUAGAAAUUGUUGCGACAAGGAUAAAAAUGAUGAGAGGCAUUGUUCUUUGUGUUUAGAAUUUGGACUGCAGAGCUUUGUUCUUGACUAAAUGAAGGAAAAGCUAACAGAGGCUGCCCUAGGAUUUGAACGAGGAAAGACCUUCUAAAUCCUUUAAAGGCGCGGAUGCUGAUCAUAAAACCAAGUAUGACUAGUCUUAGAUUCUACUUCUGUCAGUCAGAUAGCUGGGUGAGCCAUGCUGACUCUUUCUUCUUUCCUGUUGAACUUUGAAGCUGGUUGUAUGUCUAAACAUCAUGCUGAAUGUGGUGUUUUAGAAAACAUUUUAGGGAUCUUACAAGGAGUGAGAAAUUCAAUAUUUGAUCUUGAAUCUAUGUACACAUUUAGUGUAUUUGGUUUAUAAUUUUUCUUUUUCCAGGAUUCAUUGACCUCUUAUUUGCAAUGCUGUUUCAUGGGCUGAUUGAUAAUGUCUUUCUUGUUUAUUGGAUUGAAAUAUUUUAAUUUCCUACGUAAUGUGGUAAAGGCGCAGGGAAUUGUUUUCUCCCUUUACUAUUACUAGAAAUAAGUUGUCAAACUGAAUUGCCCGAAAUAUUACCUGGUAGAGGCAGGAAACAUUGUUUUCUCCCUUUACAAGAGCCAAAGGUGAUAAGCAAGUAUUUGUGAUAACAGAUCAACAGGGAGAAAUGAUGCAGCGUGCCAGCAUCAUACUCCAAGAACCUCGACAAAAUUAUGUUUUUCUUGACUUGAUUGCUUCCUCAAACUUACCAUCUGAGGACUAGAGUAAAGCUAAAGCAAAACGAAGUUUCUUAAUUCAUGGUUUACAUUAAGGGCUGUGAAAACUUUCUUUAUGGAAGGAUGGAAUUGGAUACUUGUGAAAAUCCCAUGUAGAUAACCUCCCGCGCAGACUUUAACAAUGACGAAAGGACAAGGCUCGUGACCAUAUAGAUACAUUUGGUUUGAAUAGCUGAUGCUACAAACACUUAAUAUGUUGAUUUUUCAGCUCAAAAGUUAUAGCAUGAAGAAGGCAAUUAACUUUUUGUGUCACAAUAUGCCAUUCAGAUUUUCAGGUAGGUAUAUACUGCUUUCUCUAUUACGCACAGCAGGACGAUGCACAGAUACCUGUAUAUCUAUAUAUAAAAAUUUCUCUGUGUUUGUGUUAGGUGUAAGGAUUAUGCUGUGGUGCCAUGAGGUGAAAUAAUGAAACAUUUGUUUGUUAAAAUGGUUGGUAGAGGUUAGUUCUAUAUGGCCAACAGUACUACCUACUAACUAUCUAUACAAACGUGUAAUGGAAGUUAUUUUUUAGCAAAAGGAUACUGUUAUAGAAUGCCAUAGGAGCCACUAAACAAUAUUAAGUCAUAUGUCAUAUGUUAUGGUACAUAAAAUUCAAGACACUUGCACAUAAUAAAAUUCACAAGUUGAGUCUUUGUGAUAUAUUGAGUUUAAAGCAAAAAUUCCUUUGUGAUAUAAAAUUCACAAGGUUACUGCAUUUCCUUUGUAAGUAAUUGACUUUAAAGCAAAAAUAUAGUUGUAAUUUUAAAAUUUUGCCUUAGUAAUAAUAUGGUUAUACUUUGAUAUGUAUUGAUGGAAAUAUUUCAACCAGCAAGAAAGGUGGGAUAAAAAUUAACAAUAAAUAAAUAGAAAAUAAAAAAAGUCAGAGCUUAUGAAUAGCAAAUAGUUCCAUCCAUUGCAAGACACAACUAAAUUGGAGGUUUAUUACCUGGCAACUGAGAUGGUUCAAGAGGUUCUAUAGGGGGUUUAUAACUUUCUCAACUCUUUUAUAUAAGUAUCUAAACUCAAGCUAAACACUUUGGUUUUUGCUUUGGUUAUAUAGAUAGUAACACAAGCAAAUUAAAUGUAUAUCAUGUACUGUCCAUAAAAAUUAGCACAGUUUUUGGUAUUAGUAGUUAAGCUAAAACACCUUUUUAUGGUUUUCCUUUGCAUUUUCAAGUAGAAAAUAAUAAAAUAUGGAGAAAUGACUUGUUUAUUUCCAAUGAGCUUGCUUGCAUGUACUUCAAUUUCUUACAUGGUUUAUGUGGUCUUUCUAAUGCUUUCUUCUUGUCUUUUGGGAGAUAGAAAGUAAUUAAAAUUAAUUCUCAGCUGGCAGAUAUAUAAGAAGGGACAUAUAGGUUGUAUUUCUUUCACAUCUAUAUCCAUGUUGGUGCAAUUGGCUAUAUAUAGACAAAACAAAAAUGUUUAAAAGAUAUUGAAUAAUUGAGUAGAUGAUGUUUGGCCCGGAGCCUGUAUACAAUGGUUACCUUACUGUAACAUACCAAUAAGAGCGUUGUUCCUAUAUAAAUAGAUUCAACAUCUUUUUAUCCCUAAACUGGUGAUAGAAAAGGAAAAUAAUGUUCCGUCAUAUAUUCUUUAUUUGUUCUUGUCUAGCUACAAACAAGCCACUAAAAUAAUAGUGAGCAUUUCUUUACAAGAAUUUGAUAAUAUAGACUGGACAGUAAUGAGGAUCAAUUGGUCAGAAAUUCUUGUCUGCUAUUAAGCAAUGAAAACCGCUGGUUUGGUGGGACUGGUUAUGGAGAAAAGGUUUGGCUGCAAAAAAAAAGAAAAAAAAAAAUUAGGUUGAAGAAUUAUAAUCUAACAUAAAAUGUUUAUAUAAUUAGUGUAGGAAAGUAGGAAACGCAUUAAGAAGUACUCAAAAGACUUGGUUUAAAGUUGAAAUAUGUUCUACUUACUAUAAGAUGUCUUGCCAGUAAGAGUCAGUUGCUUCAUCAUCAUCCACUUUAAUGUCUCUCCAAGCUUCAAAGGUGGUUGUUGCAUUAGGCACAUGGUUGGGAAUAUCGUGCUUCAGGUUUGCUGAAAUAGUAUAUUUUUCUUUGUCGGUUUCCCAAUCAAUACUACUGCUUGGAUUCUCAGGGAAAGGGGAUGCGGGGAUUAGUGUGGGAAAUAUUGGAUUACUAGGAAUGCCCUCGCUACUGGGAACAUUUAAUGGUGAUGAUGACGACACUGUGAAGGCAUUAGUCAUGAGCUUAUUGCUGUCAUCAUUAAUUCUGGAAACGUUGGAGUUGGUUGUUUGCCCUUGAUUAGUCUCGUUUGAGAUGAUACCAGGAUGAUGAAUUUGAAUCUCUGAAUUUUGAGAAGUUGAUGAAGUGGCAACUGAACCAGAACAGCUGAUGUUUGGCGGAAGCCUACUGAAAUUGUAUGAGCUUCCCAGAUUACACAAUCCCCCCUGCAACUGUGGAUUCAGUAAUGCAAGAUGAUCAAGAAGCUGGUUACAGGAACCAAACUGAGUUGCUAAUUCUGGAAUUUGGCUCUGAGCCUCAUUCGUGGUAUUGUUAACGCUACCCCGGAGUUGUAAUUGAAGUGCCAUGAAAUUCUGCAACAACUGGAGUUCAUUUGCUAUUUGCGCCGCAUCUGAACAUAGCCUGAGAGCAUUAAUACUGUCCCAAAGAGGAUUUGCGACAUUGCUGUUAUUGCCCAUGUUGGCAGCAGCAACGAGCAGCUGAGGUAGAUUUGCAAGGGCGUCGAUGAAGUUGAUAUCAGUUCUUGGCCUAUGCGUUACCGGGUCAAUACCCAUUUGCAGCAACCUUUUACGAAGAUGAGUAUUCCAGUGAUUCUUGAUCUCGUUAUCAGUUCUUCCUGGAAGUCGCAUUGCAAUGGCUGACCACCUGCAGAUUAUUAGCGCACACAUCAUCAUGGAGAAUUAAAGGUAAGAACUGAAUGAAGCUUGAUGAUGAGUUGUUCUUCCUCCUCCUCGAACUUGCCUCUCUUGAUGUCAGGCCGGAGAUAGUUUGUCCACCGGAGGCGGCAGCUCUUCCCACAGCGGUUAAGCCCAGCGAGCUUCGGGACUGCUCUCCAGCUUCCAUGCCCGUGCUUUCGGAUGUAAUCUACCAGUUUUUUAUCCUCCUCGGGCGUCCAAGGCCCCUUCUUCACGCCACCGGCAUUCUCAUCUCCCCUGCCACCGCUGCUGCCGCUGAGCGUCGGUGAUGACGGCCGCCUCAUUGUGCCGGCCACCACCUGCAUGUAAGGAGGAGAAGAAGAAUGAAGGGAAAGCAAGUUUGCUCUUUAGGCUCUGUACGAAUGUGGGAUUGAGGGUGGUUUAUAUGGAUAUGGUGCUGUUUGAAAACAGGAGUUGACACCGUAAAGUGUGAUGAAGAAGCAUUACUUUUAAUGACAUGGACACCAACUUUAGUUUUCACCAUUCUUUUAUUUUCUUUUCCUUUUUGAGGGACAAAAUCUAAUGGUUAGAAGAGUUGGAAAACCUAAUUGGUCUACUUGGAAACAAUGUCAAAAAUGAAACAACAAGACAAAGUUUGUCUAUGA